UCCGGGCGUCGCACGGUCCCCCAUUUCACUCCCAUCCCCUUCCUUUCCCCGGGUUCCCCCACCGGCAGGAACCGGGCGCCCACCGCUCCCCCCAUGGCCUCCGCCCCGGAGGACCCUGUUCUGGAGCGUUACUUUAAGGGCCACAAAGCUGCAAUAACCUCCGUGGAUUUUAGCCCCAACGGCAAACAACUUGCUACUGCUUCUUGGGAUACAUUUCUUAUGCUAUGGAAUUUCAGGCCACAAGCUAGAGCUUUCAGAUACGUGGGUCACAAGGAUGUUGUAACCAGCGUGCAGUUUUCUCCACUUGGAAACUUAUUGGCGUCUGCUUCACGGGACAGAACUGUUAGACUCUGGAUUCCUGAUAAGAGAGGGAAAUCCUCUGAAUUUAAAGCUCAUACAGCUCCAGUUCGAAGUGUGGACUUUUCAGCUGAUGGCCAGUUUCUGGCUACAGCCUCUGAAGACAAAUCCAUCAAAGUAUGGAACAUGUAUCGCCAGCGCUUCUUAUAUUCCUUGUACCGACAUACACACUGGGUACGCUGUGCCAAGUUUUCACCUGAUGGAAGACUAAUUGUAUCAUGUAGUGAGGAUAAAACUGUUAAAAUUUGGGAUACCACAAGUAAGCAGUGUGUGAGUAACUUCUCAGAUUCUGUAGGGUUUGCAAAUUUUGUGGAUUUUAACCCUAAUGGUACAUGCAUAGCGUCAGCAGGUUCUGAUCAUACUGUGAAAAUCUGGGAUAUAAGAGUGAACAAAUUACUCCAGCAUUAUCAAGUUCACAGCUGUGGAGUUAAUUGUGUAUCAUUCCAUCCUUCGGGUAACUAUCUCAUCACUGCUUCUUCAGACGGUACACUUAAGAUUCUGGAUCUACUAGAAGGAAGGCUCAUAUACACACUCCAAGGACAUACGGGACCCGUUUUUACUGUUGCGUUUUCAAAAGGUGGAGAGCUGUUUUCAUCAGGAGGUGCAGAUGCACAGGUGUUAUUAUGGAGGACUAACUUCGAUGAACUGAAUUGUAAAGAUGUUAUUAAAAGAAAUCUCAAAAGAUUACAUCUUGAUUCACCACCACAUCUUUUUGACAUCUAUCCAAGAAUACCACAUUCCCAUGAGGGAAAAAUUGAGACUGUUGAAAUUAAUCCAAAGCUUGAGGUAAUCGACCUGCAGACCUCUACACCCACUGUUGUGGACGUCCUUUCUUUUGAUUCUACCACAACAACAGAAACUAUUGUUAGAACUCUACCAGACAAGGGUGAAGAGAUGGACAGGUAUUUCUUGAAUCCUUCUCUAAUGUCAUCAGAAUGUUCACCAACAACCUUGAAAAAGAAAGCAGAAGAGAUGAGCGACCUCCCGUCUGAGAGUCAAAGAAGCAUACCACUCGCUGUGACGGAUGCUUUAGAGCAUAUUAUGGAACAGCUCAAUGUUUUGACACAGACUGUUUCAAUCUUGGAGCAGCGACUGACUUUGACAGAGGAUAAGCUGAAAGACUGCCUGGAAAAUCAGCAAAAGCUUUGCAACGCCAUCCAACAGAAAAGUUAAAUAGAAAAGUGUGAGCAGAGGCACGCUGAAUGAGCACAUAUGCAGACACACUGGAAGGCAGUGCAAAAGGCUUCAUGCAACACAACCACGUGCUAAUUAUUAUGGCAUUUCUUAAAAGGGUGAGCAACAGAAUAAAAGGCAGAAAAAGACAGAAUUAAGGAUGAAUUUAAAUACACAAAUCAAUGUCAAGGACUAAUUCAAAUCAUUAUCAUUUAUGAUUACUGUAAUAAAGUGAUAAGCAUUCAAGUGGCUCUAUAAUUUCCCCGUAUUAUUUUAAUGUCAGUUUUCAUUUAUAGUCUAAAGUAUACCAGGAAAGUGACCAAAUCUCUGUAUUUCAUUGUUAAAUCAUUUCAGAUUAACCAUGUUCAUGCAAUUUCUAAAGCAAUUAAUGUAUUUUUUUAGUGAACACCCUUGGGGUGAAAUAAUUCAAUUACCUCUAAAAUAGCAUCAUACAUGCAGAGAAUGAGUUAAUGAUCUGUCUUGUAGUUCUUUCAGUUCAAAGAAAAUAUUUAUCCUCUUACCAAUGCCUUGAAAAGAUGAUCUUAUAAAAAUUCCCAAAACACAAUUUCCACAGCAAGAACACUUUUAAUUAGCAACAGUGCAUAUAUGACGUAGGUCAGUGGAUUUUUAUUUAACGUAUGGUGCAUAUUGUUUAUCCUUUGACCAACCUGAAAGAAAGUGAAGUUAAAAAUACGUGAUGUACACAUAUCUUUUCUUUCAUAGAUAAAUGCGCUGAAUGAUUUGAGUUGUAUUCUAACCUGUGAUUCCAGUUUGCAAAGAUUACAUUACUGUGAUUUCAUUAUGCUCAAAGCCAGACCAAUGCAGCAACAAUAUUUCUAAGUAUACACAUGUGUGUGUUCACAUGCUUCAGAAAUGCUGCUUAGGGUGAUUUUGGCAGCUGAAUAAUAGGUACUUUAAAAAAAAAACAUUGACAUCAUUGUCUUCCUUUUUUUUUUUUAAAGUAGAAUUGUGGUUUGAAACUAAAUGAAAAUGAGCCAAGCAUACGAAACAUCUUGGUUACAAGUUAAGAUUUUCGUUUUAUCUUAAGCAAAAUAAGAGAUUAAAUGAAAGAAAAACAUUAAUUUUAGCUUGCUUUUCUCUUAACCUAUAUCGAGGACAAAGAAGGUGCAGGUGUGAGAUGAAGGCCGACAUUUAUGACAUCUGUAGGUAACAGGCAAAAGAAAAAGUAAAGUCCUAUUUAUGUAGGAGUCUGUAUUUAGAAAUUUUUCUCAGAAUAAUUUCAGUUGUAUCCGUGAGGUGGUUUUUUAUUAUCUCAUUGUGUUUCAAGUGCUUUUUUAUAUUAUAUUGAGAACUUCUAGACAUUUUCAAGAGUUUAUACAGAGUAAGUGGCAUUGUAUUUUUAUAACCUCACUGAGAAGACUA